AAUAAAGAAGAAGGGAAAGGAGGAAAGGAAGUCGUAUAUUUGCAGUAUAUUUGCAGUUGAUGGUACAACCAGUGUGUGGUCGUGACAGGUGUGCGAACUGUUUAUUUUUCGAGGAUGAAUUGUGUCGAAGCUCUUUUGUUUUGAGACGAAAGACCGCGAGCUGCCAUGCUGCUAUAACACACACACUGGAGUUUUCACAUGGGAUCUACUGAUUAACCACACUGAGAAAUGACUUUAACGGUUUCAAGAGUUCCGCCAAACCGGAGCAGAAUACAAGAUCUGGAUCUUAUGAAAAUGUCGUAAUGUGACAGUCUUCCUACAUGGUGCAGGUGGUUAUUUUGUCAGUGUCAAGAUGCCACGACUAGAAGAGGUAGCUAAUGUUGUCCUUAGGGUGCCCAGUAUCUUGGUGUUGGACAUGCUGUAUAAAUGUGACAUUGACAGCUUCACGGAUCAUCUCAAAGCAAGGACUGAAGACAUGCUCUUCAAGUACAAAUAUGUCAUCUGGAACAUAUAUUACUUGGGUCACAUAGUAAGUGCUGUGGUGCUGCUGUUGCCACUUGGACAUAUUAUCCAGCUCUACCUGCAUGUUCUCUGUGCCCUGCUGCUUUACAUGGGUCAUCAGAUUGUCAGAGAUUAUGUAAGAGGUGAAGCUCAGUAUGGGUAUGAUGGGGCAAUCUUUCUGGACUCUCCAGCAUUGAACCGGUUCGUGACUGCGCUCACCAGUCAGAUAAUUAUCAGUACUCUGUGCGCGUUCCUUAUGCGGACUCAACGUGUGUGGCUGUUCUCAGCACACUUGCUCCCUCUUCUGGCACGUGUGGUUUCUGUCCCUUUGUACUGGCUCCUCACGCUCUCCUCUGUGUCCAUGAUGAUCACAGGGGCCGAGGUUGCCGUCUUUCUCCUCGCCAACCUCUUCGUGCCAUACAGACUGGCCAGAGCCACUUACAGAGAAAUAAUGGAAAUAGAGGUGACUGAGUUAUACAGACUGAUGGCAGUCGGAGUGUCUCUCUGGCAUGGCUUUGCUGUGCCUGUAUUGUUUAGUGUCUUUUGGUUUGUGCUGUUCGGAGUGCAACUUAUCACCAAUUUUGGCACUAUCGCUACUGUCCAACAGGGGCCGCUCCUCUACCUCCUGACCAGUGUUUCUGAAUGCUGUGCUAGCCCAUACUCCCUGCUUGGCCUAACAUUUGUGGUGUCUUAUACGGCUCUGGGACUCCUGAGUCUCUGUAAGUUCUACCUCGGAGGAUUCAACGCUCUCCAGAACCAUAAUGUCAUGCACAGGGGUGUGACAGAGGGGGUGACUCUGCUGCUGCUGGCCUUGCAGACUGGGUUGUUGGACAUGGCAGCUCUACAGCGGUGCUUUCUGCUCUUCAUCAUCCUCUUCAUCGUUCUCACAUCUACUCUACAAAGCAUGAGUGAGAUCACAGAGCCUGUUGUGUUGGGGCUUGGAGCCAGUAGAAACAGGAGUGUGUGGAAGCACUUGCGUGGUUUAUCUAUGUGUGGGUUUCUGCUGCUGUUUCCAGGAUUCAUGGCCUAUAAGAUCUCCCAGUUUUUCAACAUGGAUUUCUGGCUGUUGAUUUUGGUCUCUAGCUGUAUGCUCACAUCACUGCAGGUGACAGGCACUCUGCUGAUCUACAGCCUGUUCAUGGUGGAAGUGUGGCGCGGUUCAGCCCUGCCCGGUUUGGAUGAGAUUGUUUAUUACGUGAACGGAGUGUGUCGAGUGCUGGAGUUUGUGGUGGCUGUGUGUGUGGUGGCUUAUGGGGCGUGGGAGUCACUGUGGGGAGAAUGGAGCUGGAUGGGAGCGUCGGUCAUUAUCAUCCACUCCUACUGCAAUGUGUGGCUACGUGCCCAGGCUGGCUGGAAAAGCUUCUUGCUUAGACAGGAAGCCGCUCGCAAAAUCAAUGUAUUGCCAAGGGCCAGCGCAGAGCAGCUACGGGACCACAAUGAUGUCUGUGCCAUCUGCUUCCAGGACAUGACAUCAGCAGUGAUAACAUACUGUGGUCAUUUCUUCCAUGGCAACUGUUUGAGAAAGUGGCUUUAUGUGCAAGAGACAUGCCCCAUGUGCCAUGCCUCCAUCAAACCCUCCUCGGCCAAACCAACGGCUACGGCAGGUGAAGCUCAGCCGACACACCAAAACCCACCUCCAUCAGAGCAACACCCUCGUCCUGAGUCCCAUGAGGAGGAGGAGGAGGAGGAGGAGGAGGAGGGGGAGCAGGGAGAUGAUGUUUGCUCUCCAGAGAGGAACUGUGACGAGUCUGACAGGAAAUACCCUAACUCUGAGAGGAAUUGUAGCACAGAGAGUCUCCAACACUUGCACUGUGGUGAUAAUGGUGAUUCCCAAAGCGUGGCAAAUCCUGUACCAAGCUGCUCAUCAGAUGGGGAUCCCAAAAUGGCUUCGCAGGAGCUUGGGGAAGGUGACUGAAACAUAAGCUCAGCCGGAGAAGCAUAACACAGAGAAACUGCCAUUGCAACAAGACAGACUGACAGUGGCAGGAAAGAUCUUCGGAUGGAAAGCUCAAAGAAAGUGGGACAUAGCAAAGGAAGCCAUAACAGCAGAGGGUUACAAAUAACUGACAGAAAUGCAGGAAAAACCUGCAGGUAUAUGAUUUACUCAGAAGACGUCCUGCUCAUUGUGUGCUUGGACUGAUCCUAUUACAGCACCUCAGCAGUGUUAGUUUAAUAGAUACCAAAUGAUAUUCAUUUUGAAAAAAAAAUUCUUGACAUUUGUUAAGAUGUGUAAUGUUGGAUGAUUCAAUGAUGAUUGUCCAAUCAGGGGAAGACAUGAAAGAUGUUACACACACAAACAAAUUCAU